AUGAUCGAAAAGAAGUCACUGCUGUACAAGUUAAUACACUCAACAGACCUGAAGGUGCAGUAUGAACGCAUAGAGAUGCAUGCCUGUCACUAUUUGAGUGCAAAAAUAGGAGUUCGAGUUGAAAAUGCCGUCAAGUUACGAAGUGAUGUCAGAACUGUCAAAACCCUGGUUACCGGCAUCUUGGAAGUGGUAUAUCGAGUCAGUAACAGAAGGUCUCUGCCUUGUACCUUUAGGGCGCAUGUUAUGUGGCUCUCUCCUUUGCCAGAGGCUCAAGUUCAGGGUCUCAAAGAGGAGAGGACAAGGGAAGAAUGGGUUCGUCCUGAAGUGCAAACGGAUGCAAGACUCGUGAGGGACUUCAUGAAACCUUCUACUACUGAUGGUCCAGGGACGGCAUGCCCGAGAGGAUAUAAUCUUGGCGAGGGGCCAAUUGAGAAAUGCCGAAACCAAGAUAUUACCGUACUCGCUCUUGGCCAAAUGCCGAAUCUCCUUUUGGUUGUUCUCCAUAACCCAACAUUACCUAUCAUAUUUAUCCCACUUCCCCUGAUUCAGGACCAGUUUUGA